CAGCUCGCCACUUUGAUUGGGUUCGGCGGCUCGGAGAGGUUCUUCUCGAAGUCGUGCAUGCCGAACAUGACGUCCAGCUCCUGCAAAAGGGAAGGCCGCGUCACUCCCACCACUCGGCGCGCGUCGCUACGCAGCAGACGGCGCACCGCGAGAAGACGCAGAAGGCUACCGCUACAUUGCCCUGAAAGUCUGAAGAGAACAUAUACAAUGGAAGUUUUAACAUCUUAUCCACAUCACCAACUUGGUGCCAACUUAAAUGCGGAUAUGGCCUCCCAAAAUCUGUAUGGAGGAGAAUCCUCUCAGGCUUGUGGAAAUGAGGUCUCUCUGAAGCAUUCUACUGCAUACUCUCGUAAUGAUGGUUUGGUUCUGGAACACGGUGGAGCCAGUGACGGAGGUAUCAAAGUUGAGAAAGAUAGUGAUACUGCUGAGGGAUCUCAUCCAGCCAAUACAAGCAGAAGCACAAAGAAACUUAAGGAACAAGCACAGAUUGAUUACCUACUUAGUAGCAUUCCUGUAAUAGAACAGUUUUUCAAGGUGCAUGGAAAGAUUGGGGAAGGCACAUUCAGUUCUGUGUUUGCAGCAAGUUUAAAGGAUGUUCCUCAAAAUAGUUCACUGUUUGGUCGUCAAUAUGCUAUCAAACAUUUAAUCCCAACAACUCAUCCCACAAGAGCUGAACGGGAACUUAAAUGCUUACAAGAUAUUGGUGGGACUGACAAUGUUGUUGGAGUACAUUUUUGUAUGCGAUUUAAUGAUAGUAUAGCAUUUAUAAUGCCGUAUUUGCCACAUAAAAGAUUUCAUGAAUAUGUUAUGGACAUGGGUGUUGCAGAAACUAGGAACUACAUGAAACAACUCUUGCUUGCUUUGCGUCGGGUUCAUUCAUUCAAUAUCAUUCACCGAGAUGUCAAACCCAGCAACUUCCUGUAUGAUAGGGAAAACAAGCAAUUUCUCCUUGUAGACUUUGGUCUGUCUCAGCCUGUUGAAGAGACUUCUAAAAUCUCCUCCAGCCCUCGACCCGUUGAAGAGACACGUAAAAGAAAGCGAGAGAAAGAACCUCUUGAUAUCUCAAAAGAUGGCUUGUAUGGAGUGCAUGAAAACCCAGCCAAAAGACCUGCAUUAGCUCUAAACAAUUCUACAAAUAUCAUUAAGACUCCUGAGAAAAACCGCAGAGAUGUAGUUGCUACGAAGUCUGUCCCACAAUUUGUUUCCAGCAGGGCUAAAAGGCUUCAAAAUAUUACAAACUGUUCAACCGCCCAGAGAACAUCAACUGUUGGGAUGAGCACAAUUAACACAAAGUCUCCUGCUAAAGAUAUUCGUGAUCCACCCCAAGGAAGAAAGACUCCUCGGAAAAAUAAAAAAAAUGAUGAAAAUAUUUCUCCCUUAAAAUAUGCAGAAAUGGAGCUGAAAAGAGAUAUACCUCCAUUCAGUACCACUAAUACGUUUCAAGCUGAACUUGAAAAAAUGCAAGCAAAUGAACGGCAAGCAUUGGAUUUACGGAAAAACAAGGUUAAAUCAGACUCAAGGCCGUCUAGCUCCAUCUUUAAGUCUGGUCAAAAGAGCUCUCUCCAGAGGAAAAUUACUUUUGAUGAUGUACCAGACGAUAAAAGGUCUGCCACUUUAUCAUCGCGUAUGCCUUUGAUGCACCCCUCAAACCAUACAGCAAGAUGUUCACCAAGCUCAGUGCCUGUUGGUGGACUUUCCCGUCUUCCUGAUCCUCUUACUCUGUCACCUGUGGACCAGAAUGGUAUGGGCAAAGAAUUUCGUACUCUGGCUCCAGGGAAUGUCAAAGAUGAUGUUCCUGGGUCUAGUAUUGUAAGGGUUCAGAACUCUCAGGUAAAAUCGCAACAAAUGAGUCCAGUCACACCGAGUGAGACUCGAACUCUCAAAGCACCUCAAGCACAUCAUGGUGAUAAAAAAAGCGACAAAGAUCAUAAAGUAAUUUUUGCAAAACCUCAAGUUCCUUGUGCUACUGGAUCUCUUUAUCGCCCAAGUACCCCAUCAUCUCCACUUUGCAAUUGUGUGGGUCGGCUUCAAGUGUGCUCAAAAUGUUUAUCUAAAAAGCCUCACAAUGCUCCUCGGGCUGGUACUCCUGGGUUCAGACCCCCAGAAGUUUUACUUCGCAGCCAACUUCAAACUACAGCUGUUGACAUGUGGGCUGUAGGAGUCAUAUUGUUGUGCAUUCUGAGUGGAUGCUAUCCCUUUUUCCGGUCUCCAGAUGACUUGACAGCAUUAGCUGAAAUCAUGACCAUUUUUGGAACUGAAAAAAUAAAGGAAACUGCCAAGCGAUUAGCACGAAUGGUUGUAUGCAGCCAGCCUACUCAACCUCUUGACCUGAAAAAACUGUGCACUCGUAUGAGGCAAAGAAGAAAAGAGAAAAGCAGUCCUGUAUCAUCUGCCAGUUCCACCUCAGUAGAAAAGUGUCAAAACUGCUGUCAGCCCCUUGGAAACCCUGACAGUUGUGUUUGUUUAAAAGAAGAGUCAAAUGCUCUACUGAUCAACUCCAAGGAUGUCAAUAAUAAGGAAACAUCUGAUGACAUCUUUCCUGAUUCAGCUUAUCAUCUUUUAGCACGUCUUUUGGAUCUAGAUGCAAAUACUCGCAUUACUGCAGCACAAGCCCUAGAACAUCCAUUUGUAACAGGAUUCUUGGGUGAGGCCAAUCUUAUGGAAUCAAACAUUAUCUGAGCUGUAUUUUCUAACUUGUGGUUGUGCACUACUGUAGCAUAUCAUUUUGAAAAUAUGAAAUAUUGAAUUUCUUUUAGUGCAUGUUAAGUCUAUUUUAGACUUUUUCUAUCUAAAUGUUCAGGACCUCUAACAGGGUGGCUGGUAACUUUUGCGGAGAAGGUGCAAAGACUGAAGCUGCACUUGUAGAAAUAAAUUUGCUGGGGUAGUUUGUUGAUCUCUUAUUGUGAUACUUUUAAGUCAGUGGUUAAUUGGAAUUUAUUGUAUUAAAUUUAAGGUACAAGGUACUUAAGUAUCUAUUGUCCAAAUCAUAUUUACUUCUGUUUGAACUGAAGUUUUUAGCUCAUAUGUUUUCUUCAUUGUGCUCUAAGAGCAUUUUACUUGACAUUGUUUGUCUUUUAAAUAUCCUCACAUAUUUAAGUAUUUGAAUUAAAAGAAAAUCAAAUAUAAAAGGAAAAAUAAAUAAAUAAAACCAAAAACAUGUACUUAGUAGACACAAAGGUCAAGAUAAUUUAUCUCCGUGUCCAUUGUGUUUUUCAAAAAGUAAUGAACAAGAUAUCCUGAUUCAUUUAGUGAAUGUCAAGUAGGUAUUGUGUAGAAUUUUAUGUGAUAAGUAAGUGUACUUAGUACUAAUAUCAUUUGCUGUUCCCCUUUACAUUUUAUUUAAGUGAUUUUAAUUGUAUUUUACUGUACUUUUUGUUCUUGAUGUGUAACUGCUAUGUAGAUGUCAAAUGAAAAAUAAAUAAAGAUGAAUGUAA